AUGGUAUGCAAUUUGCAGAUGUUUUCGCAGGUCUAUAGGGCUAAACUCACAUCAAUCAAACAAUUUGGACAUCAAUUUGAUUGGGUUAUACAGAGUCUAUUUGUGAAAUUUCGUCGAUUGAUUCCCUGCUGUUUAACUGACUUGAAAUUCAGGGUAGACUUACCCGAAGCAGACUUAGUACAAAUCACUGUUGUGGGCACUGCUAUCGGUAUCGGUCCGCCCAUCAAACCAAUCGCUAAAACCAUUAGAAAACAUACCGAGAGUGGUGAUACAGAACUCAUGUUCACUAUCGAUGCGAUCGGCGAACAAAAAACUAUUGAACAAAACGUACAAAACAUAUCAUCGACGGGAGCGCCAUAUCAUUUUGGAGGUUUAAGUGGUUUUAUACAUAGCUUUUUAACGGAAGUGUUUGCAAUGGUUCGGUCGCACGUGUCUUCACUGGGCGGCAAUGCUAUGACAUCGUUUCACAUCACACAACUAUUAUUGCUUUAUAAUCCGCAUAAAAAUCAAGCCCAAUGCCUGGUGAAUGUGGCCGGAGAUGCAGUGAUUGUCCACUACGACAGCAAAGAGAAGACCCGAACUAAUAACACAGUCGAUGAACCGGUGGCCAGUAGUUUGGCUUAAUUUUAUGGAAAUAUACUUUUAUAGAAAUAAUAGAAAGGAAUGCAUUUUACGAAACAUACAGUAUUUAAAUCAUGUGUAAAAGUAAAUGGUUUACAAAUUAUAGUAUUAAUUGAUAUUAUUAUUAGUGAAGUCAUGCAC